GUGACUUUCCCCUCGUUGAUCUCGUGAACUUCUAGAGUGUGGUGGGGUUGAACAGUUUUGUGGAGUAUUUAUUCUCUCCAGAUCAGUCGUGUCUUUUAGUUAGACCCCCACGGUCCAGCGUUACUGGGACUUAAUCACAUAGAUUCUCCUCCCCCCGGUCUUGAACCAUGUCCCACAUUGAUAUCACCAAAGACCUGUCGGCCCUCUUCAACAAACAGGUUCUCGCGACCCCCGACGCCCCCGCCUUGGAAGACGGAGAGACUACCUAUACCUAUAAUGAGUUGGCACAGGAGGUGGACCGCCUGGCUCAACGCCUGCGCGAUUACGGUGUGAGUCGGGACAGCCUGGUGGGCGUCCUGCUGCCGCGGAGUGCCCACUAUGUCAUCGCCUGUCUGGCCGCUCUCCGUGCGGGAGGCGCCUUUCUGGUCCUCGAGCUGGCCUAUCCACCGGAUCUGUUAGCCGAUGUGUUGGCGGAUGCCACCCCCGCCGUCGUUCUCACCCACAAGGCGGAAGCGGCCAAGGUCGGUGGCAGCGCUCCCGUAAUCCUUCUUGACGAACCGCUGGCGGAAGUCAAUGGACAUGCGAAGGAAGCGUCCCCGCUGCCGGCGGACGAUGACCUCGACCGACUGGCCUUUGUGUCCUACUCCUCCGGCACCACGGGCAAGCCGAAGGGCAUCGCCAACCCCCACCGCGCCCCCGUGUAUUCCUACGACCUGAGAUUCACCGUCCAGGACCUCCACCCCGGCGAUCGCGUUGCCUGCAACGUCUUCUUCAUCUGGGAGAUCCUCCGCCCGCUCUUGCGGGGCGCCACCGUGGUGACAGUGCCCGACGAAAUCAGCUACGAUCCGGCGGCGCUGGUCGAUCUCCUGGAAUCCAAGCACAUUACCGAAACCUUGAUGACCCCCACCCUGUUGGCCACGGUCCUGGUCCGACACCCCCAUCUGGACACCCGUCUGCCCCAGCUCCGCACCUUGUGGCUCAACGGCGAGGUGGUCACCACCGAUCUCGGACGGCGGGCCACCAAGUGUCUGCCCAACACCCGCCUGCUAAAUUGCUACAGCACUUGCGAGACCCACGAGGUCGCCUGUGGCGACAUCCGGGAGAUGCUGACGAGCGACGCGCAGUACUGCCCCGUGGGACCGCCCCUGGACCCGGAGCGGACGUACAUUCUGGACCAGGAGGGUCAGCAGCUCCCCGUGGGAGUGAGUGGGGAGCUGUUUGUCGGAGGCCCGCUCCUCGCCCGGGAGUACCUCAACCUGCCCGAGGCCACCCGCAAGGCCAUCACUCCCGACCCCUUCGACCCGACCCCGGGAUCCCGGAUGUACCGCACCGGCGAUAAAGCCCGCAUUCUGGACUCGGGCUUCCUCGAGAUCACCGGGCGCGUGGGCGACAUGAUCAAGCUCCGCGGGUAUUCCGUCGUGCCCGCCAAGGUCGAAAACGAAAUCAUCAAGCGCCUGGCGGUCAGCAACUGCGCCGUGGUAGCCCACGGCGACGGCCUGGAAAAGGAGCUGGUGGCGUACGUGGUCCGCGACCGGGACGAGUCCGCCGAUCGGCCCCAGAUCGAGAUCAACCCGUCGGGCCACAGCCCCGUCGCCCGCCGCGCCCUGCUGCCGUACCUGGCGCAAUACAUGAUCCCCGCCCAGUGGGUGGAGUUGCACGAGCUGCCCACCCACGGGGUCUCGGGCAAGGUCGACCGCAAGGGCCUGCCGCCGCCGCGGAGUGCCAGCCCCACCGUCAACGGCGGAGAGGAGGCGGAGCGCGAUCCGAUCGGCCUCGACCAUAUCGCCGCCUUCUGGGCGGCCAGCUUGAAGACGUCACAGUCCCUCCUGCGGUGCGAAGACAACUUCUUCGACCUGGGCGGACACUCGCUGUCCAUCGCGGAUCUCGCUUCGCGGCUGACGCGAAACUUCGGCUUCACGGUCCCGAUCGCCCGUCUGGCCGAGAAUGCCACCCUGGACGGCCAUCUGCAGACCGUCCGCGCGGUGCGCGACGGACACACCGCGGCGGUGCAGGCCGAUCUCCCGGCCUUCCUGCGUGCCGACUCGACCCUCGACGAGGACAUCCGGCCCACCGAUGCCCGUAUCUGCUCCGUCACGGACGCCGACACCGUCCUGCUCACCGGUGUCACCGGAUACCUGGGCGCGUUCCUCCUCCACGAUCUGCUGGAGAGCACCACCGCUCGGAUCAUCUGUCUGGUCCGGUUCACGGACCCGGCGGGCGACGACCGAUCGGGUGGCGUGGCGCGCAUCCGCCGCAAUCUCCUGGACAUGGGCCUGUGGCGUGAUUCCAUCAUGGAGCGGGUGGAGGUUCUCCCGGGUAACCUGUCGCGACACCGGCUGGGCCUCUCGCGCGACUCGUUCGACGCGCUGGCGAGCCGCGUGCAAGUCAUCGUCCACGCCGCCGCAACGGUCAACCUCGUGUAUCCGUACGCCGCCCUGCGCACGGCCAACAUCGGCGGCACCAAGGAAAUCCUGCGCCUCGCUUCCCAAGGCGGCGCGACCGGCUGGACCGAGGACGCCAUGUUGGACGUGGACGAAGUCCCCACCAAGCUCCUCGACGGAUACGGACAGACCAAGUGGGUGGCAGAGCGGCUGGUCCUCGAGGCCGGCCGUCGCGGUCUCCCCGUGAAGGUCCACCGCGCGGGCACAAUCAGCGGGCACAGCCAGACGGGCGCGGCCAACGCGUGGGACCUGCUCUCCGCGCUUUUCGUCGAAUCCAUCAAACUGGGCUACGCCCCUGACGUCGACGGCUGGCGCGCGGAGAUGACCCCCGUCGACUUCGUCAGCAAGUCCAUCAUCCACCUCUCCGCCCAGACUCACGCCGAGACCACCGUCUUCCACCUCGGCGAUCCCAACCCCGUCAGCACGCGCUCCGUCUUCGACCACCUGGCCGAGCUCGGGUACCCCACGCAACGCCUAGGCUGGGAAGAGUGGGUCGCGCUGUGGACGGAGAAGCGCGGGUCCGUCAAAGGCGGCGAUGGCGCCUUCACAGUCGACAUCCUGCGCAGCGGCAUGCCCACCGUGGACUUCCUCAAGGGCAUCGUCGUACUCGACAACGCCGCCACGCGCCCCUUCCGCGCAGUCGUCGAACGCCCCAAGGUCGACAGCGUCCUGAUGGAGACCUACACCCGCCACUGGUUCGCCCGCGGCUGGCUCUCCAAGCCCCCGUCCCGCACCACCUCGCCCACCAUCCGCCCGCGCGGGCCCCUCAGCGGCCGCGUCGCCGUCAUAACCGGCGCGUCCUCCGGCAUCGGCGCAGCGGUCGCCAAAGCCCUCGCCAAAGAAGGCUGCCACGUCGCGCUGGGCGCCCGUCGCCUCGACGCCCUCAAAUCCAUCCAGCAGCAGGCCCAAUCCCACGGCGUGAAGGCCAUCAUCCGCGCCACGGACGUAACCAACAAGACCCAAGUCGAAGACCUCGUCCGCAGCGCCCGCAGCGAGCUCGGGCCCGUCGAUUACAUCAUCGCCUGCGCAGGCGUCAUGUACUUCACGCUCAUGGCGAACACGCAGACCGACGAAUGGGAGCGCACAGUUGACGUCAACUGCAAGGGUCUCCUCCACGCGCUGUCGUCCACCGUGCCAGACAUGCUCGCGCGCGGGUCCGGCCACGUCGUCGCCAUCUCCUCCGACGCAGGCCGCAAGGUGUUCCCCGGGCUGGGCGUCUACUCCGCCAGCAAGUUCUUCGUGGAGGCUACGCUGCAGGCGCUGCGUGUUGAGACCGCGGGCACCGGGCUGCGCGUUACGGCUGUCCAGCCGGGUAAUACGCAGACGGAUUUGCUGGGUAUGUCGACCGACGAGGAGGCUGUCAAGAAGUACGGAGGUGCCUCCGGGGCGCAGAUUCUGAGCCCGGAUGAUGUGGCGGGUGCGAUUGUUUAUGCGCUGCGCCAGCCGGCGCAUGUUUCUGUUAAUGAGGUGUUGAUUGAGCCGAGGGAUGAGCCUAUUUGA